AUGUGUGGCUGUAUCUAUGUAAUGUUACUGUUUUUGCUUUUUAUGGGAGCCUUUGGAGCAGAGGAAGACACAGCGCUCUGUGAGAUGCUGGGCAGCUCAGAGUUUCCUUUGCUAUCUAAGGAAGGAGAUAUCAGUAUUGGAGGAGCUUUUUCCAUCCACAGCCAAAUUUCAAAGCCUCCGCUCUCCUUUACAGAUACUCCAGAGCAUCUCAUAUGUUCCAGGAUAAAUUUCAGAGAAUUUCGUUUUGUCCAAACAAUGAUUUUUGCCAUUGAGGAGAUCAACAAUAGCAGCUCUCUGCUGCCUAAUAUCUCAAUUGGUUAUAAGGUAUUUGAUAGCUGUGGUUCAACACUGCCUUCAACGCGUGCAGUGAUGGGUCUAAUGAAUGGACCGGAAAGGACUUUGGAAAAAACCUGCUCCAGCCCGUCAUCUGUUCAUGCCAUCAUUGGAGCCUCUGAGUCCUCCUCAACCAUUGUGAUGCUACAAAUUUCAGGGAUUUUCCAGAUACCAGUGAUCAGCCACUUUGCCACUUGUGCCUGUCUGAGUAACAGAAAGGAGUACCCCUCCUUCUUCAGAACCAUCCCUAGUGACUACUAUCAGAGCCGAGCCUUGGCAAAACUUGUGAAACACUUUGGCUGGACAUGGGUUGGGGCUGUUAGGAGUGACAAUGACUAUGGUAACAAUGGCCUGGCAACAUUUAUCACAGCUGCAAGUCAGGAGGGAGUCUGUGUUGAAUACUCAGAGGCCAUCUCAAGGACUGACCCCAGUGAACAAGUUGCCAGGGUGGUCAGAGUGAUCCAGAGCGGAAGUGCAAGGGUUUUAGUUGCCUUCCUUGCCCAGAGCGAGAUGGACAUUUUGCUUGAGGAAGCUCUGAAACAGAACUUGACUGGGCUGCAGUGGGUGGGCAGUGAGUCCUGGAUUACAGCAAGUCAUCUGGCCAUUAAGAGGUACUCAGGAAUCCUGACAGGGUCUCUGGGCUUCACCAUCAGAAAAACAAAGAUCACAGGCCUGCAAGAGUUUCUGUUGCAGGUUAACCCAAGUCAGGACCCUCAAAAUAAUCUGCUGAGAGAGUUCUGGGAAGCCACCUUUGGUUGCAGUUUCCAAUCCAGCUUGCAUGGUCAGACCCAGUGCUCUGGCUCUGAGAGACUACAGGACAUCAACAAUGCUUUCACAGAUGUGUCAGAGCUGAGGAUAUCUAACAAUGUGUAUAAGGCUGUGCAUGCUGUGGCUCAUGCCAUGCAUAAAAUGUUAAAAUGUGGACAAAGUGGUGAAGUGAUGAAUCAGUCAUGUAUCUGGAAAGGUGAUUUUGAGCCAAAACAGGUUGUGAAGCACCUCCAAGAUGUGAAUUUCACUCUGCCAUCAGGAGAAAGAGUGUAUUUUGAUAGAAAUGGAGACCCUGCAGCGACCUAUGAGCUGGUGAACUGGCAGAAAAACCAAGCAGGAGAUACUGUGUUUGUAGCUGUAGGGAGCUACGAUGCUUCACUACCGAAUGGAAAGCAGUUUACCAUGAAUGGAAUAAACAUAACAUGGGCUGCCGAAUCCCCACAGAGGCCACAGUCUGUCUGCAGUGAGAGUUGUCUGCCAGGAUUCCGGCAGGCUGUGAUUAAAGGAAAACCCAUCUGCUGUUUCUCCUGCAUCACCUGUGCUGCUGGAGACAUCAGCAACUCCAGUAAUUCUGCAGAGUGCUCACGGUGUCCACUGGAGUACUGGUCAAAUGAAGAUCACAGCCAGUGUGUUCCAAAGGUGAUCGAGUUCCUAUCUUAUGGAGAAACCAUGGGGGCCCUCCUCACUGCUUUCUCAUUGUUUGGAGCAUGUUUAACACUGGUGGUGUCAUGUGUCUUCUUUCGGUUUCGUCACACUCCUCUUGUCAGGGCCAACAACUCUGAACUGAGCUUCCUGCUGCUCUUCUCCCUGACUCUGUGUUUCUUAUGUUCUCUGACCUUCAUAGGCCGGCCCACUGAGUGGUCCUGCAUGCUGCGCCACACAGCUUUUGGCAUCACCUUUGCCUUAUGCAUGUCUUGUAUCUUGGCUAAAACCGUAGCAGUGGUGACUGCCUUUAAGGCUAAAAGGCCAGCAAACACAGUUCCUCAGUGUUCUGCUCCACUUCAGAGGUCAAGUGUUCUCAGCUGUACUUUAAUGCAGGUCUUAGUUUGUGUGCUCUGGUUAACUCUUGCCCCGCCAUUCCCUUACAAAAACACUACUCAUGCCACUGAAAGGAUUAUUCUAGAGUGUGAUUUAGGUUCGCCUAUAGGGUUCUGGGCUGUACUUGGGUACAUAGGACUUCUGGCCAUGUUAUGUUUUAUUCUUGCUUUUCUGGCUCGGAAACUGCCUGAUAAUUUCAAUGAAGCCAAAUUCAUCACAUUUAGCAUGCUGAUAUUCUGUGCAGUCUGGAUCACUUUUAUCCCAGCGUAUGUCAGCUCUCCUGGGAAGUUCACUGUAGCUGUAGAGAUAUUUGCUAUUCUGGCAUCAAGUUUUGGUUUACUUUUCUGUAUCUUUGCUCCAAAAUGUUAUAUUUUACUAUUAAAACCAGAGAAAAAUACUAAAAAACACAUGAUGGGGAGAAAUCACUGA